AUGAUCGGUUCGAUUCUUGCAUUUUUCUCUUUAUUUUCAACAGCCAUGGCCGCCAACAAGGAACGUACUUUUAUCAUGGUUAAGCCAGAUGGUGUUCAGCAGGGAUUUGUUGGCAAAAUCACUCAACGAUUUGAGCAAAAAGGUUUCAAACUUGUAGCUCUUAAGUUCAUGUGGGCAGAUAAGGCCUUACUGGAGAAGCAUUACGCUGAUCUGUCAGCUCACCCAUUCUUCCCUGGACUGGUCAAUUAUAUGAACUCCGGACCAGUGGUUCCAAUGGUAUGGGAAGGACUGAAUGUAGUCAAAACAGGGCGACAAAUUUUGGGUGCAACCAAUCCAGCAGACUCUGCUCCUGGAACGAUUCGGGGAGAUCUGUGCAUUCAGGUUGGACGCAACAUUAUUCACGGAUCGGAUGCUGUUGAAUCCGCGUACAAGUAAAUCGCUUUGUGGUUUACCGAAAAGGAGCUAGUA